AUGGCAAGGCCGGGCAACGGAGUCUCCAAGCUCGGUAUCGAGGCACUUCCAGUUGAACCUGAUACGCCAGAGGACAUCGCCAUCGAAGAAAAACGGAUCGUUCCAGUAACGCUGCAGCCAAUCGUUGUCCCAGACGGUGGUCUACGAGCAUGGCUUCAAGUAUUUGGAUGCUGGCUGGUCUUUUUUAACGUUUGGGGCUUCACGUUUUGUUUUGGCAUGUUUCAAGACUAUUAUCAGACUUUCUUGCCAGGCAAAACUUCUUCUGAGAUUUCCUGGAUUGGCACUCUCGCAUCCUACCUUUUGAUUGUCGUUGGGACCAUCUCCGGACCAUUGUUUGACCUCGGCCAUUACAAGGUCAUGCUAUUUGGGGGAGCGGUGGUGACCUGUUUCGGCAUCAUGAUGCUGAGUCUGUCCACUCAAUAUUACCAGAUUGUCUUGACACAAGGAAUAUGCACAGGCCUUGGGUGUGGAGUGUUGUACAUUCCCGGUAUCGCACUCACCAGUCGUUCUUUCUCCAGGCGGCGAGCAGUGGCACUUGGACUGGUUUCCUGUGGCGCACCAUUUGGAGGGAUAAUCUACACCAUUGUCUUUGAUCAGCUCAUACACCGGAUCGGCUUUGCUUGGACCGUGAGGGUGAUGGGCUUCAUCAUGAUUGGCACAUACUUGACAGCUUUUCCCUUAUUGCUUUGGGGCACCGGCAAUACUGGAGACAUUUCCUCGGGUACCGCGCGAAAGCUCUUCGACAAAAGCGCUUUCAAAGAUGUGCCAUUCUGGUUAUACACGUGGGCAAACUUUUUUUUGUUCACCGGCUACCUUGUUCCCUUCUUCUACAUACCUAGCUACGGCCAGUACAAGCUGGGGAUGUCUCAAUCCUUGGCUCUCUAUUCCAUCGUGCUCGCUCAAGGCGUCUCAAUCGUUGGCCGUCUCAUUGCUUCUGCGACAGCGCUGCGGACCGGUGUCAUGAUACCAUGGCUCACAUGCGGCACCAUCUCUGCCAUUCUCAAUUUGGCUUGGACCGGUACACACAGCAAGGCAUCCUUCAUGGCAUACGCAGCAUUGUAUGGUGGAUUCAGUGGCGCCCUGAUACCUUUGCCACCAAGCAUAUUCCCGGUGGUCUGUCCUGAUCCGAAAGUACUCGGAACUCGACUUGGAAUGGCACAGUCGAUUGGUGCCAUUGCUUCACUGAUAGGUAGUCCCAUCGCUGGCGCGCUGCUCGGGGAUGGAACCAACUAUCUUGGACUGCAACUUUUCAGUGGUCUGAUCAUGCUCGUUGGAGCUGCAAUGCUGGUAGCUCUAUGGGUGUCGCUGGUCAAGAUGAGACAGUGCAAGGUGCUGAUAUAA